CUGUCAUUUGUGUGAGGCAGCCAUGGCAGCUGGGGGUCCUGUUAGCGAUCUCUGUGCUGAAGCUACUUGUUCUAUCUGCCUGGACUAUUUCAAAGACCCAGUGACAAUCACAGAGUGUGGACACAAUUUUUGCAGUGCCUGCCUGACCAGGUUUUGGGGGGUGUCGGAUGCAGAGGCUUCCUGCCCUCACUGUAGAAAAAGAGUUCAGCAAAAUAAUGUCAUCCCAAAUCGGCAGCUGAGAAACAUGGUAGGAAUUGCUAUGAAACUUCAGAGGACUUCUAGUCCUCCUCAGAUGGGAGACAGACAGACAGACAAGGAGACAGACAGCCUCUGCAAGAAGCACCAGAAGCCUCUGAGAUUCUUCUGCAAAGACCAUGAAAGCCCCAUCUGUCUGAAGUGUAAAAUAUCCAAGAAACACAAAAACCACAAGGUGAUUCCUCUGGAGGAAGCUUCUGAAGAGUAUCAGGCCCAGUUCUACAACUGCCUACAGUUUCUAAGGAAGGAGAGAGAGAAAAUUCUGAGGUAUAUAACAGACGCAGAAAUGGAAAGCCAGGACUUGAUUGAGCAAAUGCAAGCAGAGAGGCAUAAAGCAGUGGCUAAGCUCAGAAAACUCCACCAGUUUCUGGAAGAACAAAUGCAGCUUCUGCUAGCCCAGAUGGAAGAGGUGGAGAGGGAGAUUGCAAGCAGAAGUGCCAAACAAGUGGUCAAACUCUCCAGAGAAGUCGCUUGCCUUGAAAGUAGCAUCUGGGAGAUGGAGGAGAAAUGUCAGCAGCCAGCAAGUGAACUCCUGCAGGAUGCUAGAAGAAACUUGCAGAGGGGUGAGAAGGAGAUCUUUGAGAAACCAAUGGCUUUUCCACCUAGCCUGAAGUGGAGGAUCUUGAACUUCUGUGCUGUGAAUCCCUUUCUGGAGAGUGCCAUGAAGCAGUUCAAAGACAAUCUGGAACCUGCACUUCAGCUGCAGAAAGCAAAUGUCACUCUGGAUCCAGACACAGUUCAUCCCAAACUCAUCUUGUCCAAGGAUCAUAAAAGCCUGGAAUGGGGAAUCAUACGGCAGCAUCUGCCCAACAAUCCGGAGAGAUUCAACCGAUCUUGUUUUGUGCUGGGAAGAGAGGGAUUUAACAUAGGCAGACAUUGGUGGGAAGUCACCGUGGGAAAUGAGGGAGACUGGGCUGUGGGGGUCACCAGAAUGUCUGUGAGGAGAAAGGGUAACGUUGACUUUGAUCCUCAGAGUGGGAUCUGGGCUGUGGGGAAGAAAAAUAAGAAGUACUGGGCUGUCAACCCUUACGAUACUUCUCUAUCAGUGAGUGGGGAGCUGAAGAGGGUCCAAGUGUUUCUGGACUGUGAUGGAAACAGCCUGACCUUUCUGGAUGGUGAGACGGAAGCCCCGCUCUACACGUUCUCAGGAGUCCCUUCCUUCAGGGAGAUGGUUUGCCCCUUCUUUUUUCUUCAAAACAGCUUUACAUUGGGCCAAUUCAAACGCCUAUUGGGUUGGGAAAACAACAACGCCUACCUCAGACUCUCUCCCUGAGGCAGCCACAUGAUUUUGCUCUCCAGACCAGAAUGCUUAAUCAACAAAAAAUCAAAUAUUUAGAGGCCAGUGCUGUCCAGACUUUUUGCACAAGGAGUCACAUUGCAAUUCAUUACGUACUCAGGUGCUCAUGAGUAAAUUUUGCAAUAAUAAGGCUAGAAAUUUCUAUUAAUCAAGCAAAAAGUGCUUACCUUCCUGCCACUAGAGAAAUAUCUGCCAAUAUGUUUUGCAUGUGCAAGCGGCCAUCAAUGUCUGCCCAGAUCCCUGAGGUACCAAUGUGGGUAUCCUGUCUGUCAGGAGGGACCUUGAUUGUGUAUGGAUGUGCUCAAAAGCUGUUCACAGGAAUACGUGCUGCCAAACUGUGCAAUGAAUCAAAGGACAUGUUUUGACUGACUUUGAUAGAUAGCUUGGAUAAGACUUGAAAGGAACAUAAUGGCUAUAAGAAAAUGUCAGAAGGUCGUCGACUACUAAAGCUCUCCUCAUGUCACUGUCAUUUUGGACCUAAAGAAGUUCUAGCUGGAAAAUAUUGUGUGCUUCACUGGCAUCAGUUACAAAGGGAUCUGCAAACCACCUCUGUUCAUCAUUGUGUUCCCUGAAAUCCACAAAUCUUUCCUAAUUCAACCAUCAGCCUGCCGAUCAGUGUGAAGUACUUCGCACGGUUCACUGUUUCAGCCUGCCUUGUUGAUAGCACUGUAAAAUGUACCACUUUCUUCAGAGCAAUGAAUUCUAAUUUCCAGAUGAACAUUUGGACAUGCCCAUACAGUUUAUUGACAAUUGGAUGCUUUCCUUGAAGCUCAGGGGAAAUGCAGUCAUUCUGCAUAUGCUCAGAGGCACUCUUCCCCUUCCCCAGGUUGCAGAGCUGAGUUGUGUCAAGUACUGUAUCAUGAGACACUCUUCUAGGAUAGUUUGAUGGUGCUAAGAGUGUUAAUAUUCUGCCAUGGACAUUGUCUCAGGUUUUUGUGUGGGGCAUGCUUGUAUAUAUAUUUGAAUGUGUCUGCCUACUGGCUUGAGGGUGGAGUCACUGUCUUUGCUCCUCUCUUGCUGUCUUGAAUUUCAAACUGAGAGUCUCUCUCUCUCUCUCUCUCUCUCUCUCUCUCUCUCUCUGCAUAAGAGACAGUUUAUUGUUUUCUUAGCCUAUCUUUAACUAGUAAUAAAUAUCAAACUCUUGUCCCUCA